CAAAUUUUUGAACUCCCAAAAAAAAAAGUUUUAAAAUUUCGAACAAAACAUUUUCGACAUUCGACGGUUUUUUGGCGACUUCCGCGAGACCCGCGAGGCCAGUCCCUGUGUGUGUUCCGUCCGAAGCUGUCCGCCCUUGGCCAGCCCUCAACGAUGGCAUCAAAUCAAAACGAUAGCAUACCCUUCUACGACGUGUUUGGCUACUACGAAUGGACGCUGACACUGGCCGACCCCCGGACGAAAGGAUGGCCCCUGGUCGAUUCCCCCGUUCCGACGCUUCUGUGUGUUCUCGCUUACCUGCUUGUCGUCUGGGUGGGACCAAAACUUAUGCGAGACCGAAAACCGUUCGACCUCAGCUCGGUGCUCAUACCGUACAACCUGGCGAUGGCCCUGCUGAAUUUGUACAUUUGCGUCCAGCUGUUUGUCGGUUCCACGCAGCUCGGCUACAGCUACAUCUGUGAGCCGUGCCAGCAGAGCUUUAGUGGGCCUGAGAUGAGGAUCGUUGGAGCUGUCUGGUGGUACUACUUCUCCAAGGUACUGGAAUUCAUGGACACGUUCUUCUUCAUCCUGCGCAAAAAAGAAAAUCAGCUCACGUUCCUGCACGUAUACCACCACAGUACCAUGUUCUCGUUCUGGUGGAUCGGCAUCAAGUGGGUGCCCAGCGGAAGUACCUUCCUUCCGGCCAUGGUCAACUCGUUCAUCCACGUGCUGAUGUACACGUACUACGGACUGUCCGCCGUCGGACCGCACAUGAACAAGUAUCUCUGGUGGAAGAAGUACCUCACCAUCCUGCAGCUGAUCCAGUUCACGAUCGCCCUGGUGCUGGGAGUCAACGGAAUCGUGACCGGCUGUGAGUUCCCGCUGUGGAUGCACUACACCCUGAUCGGCUACAUGAUCUCGUUCAUCGUGCUGUUUGGCAACUUUUACGCGCAGGCCUACAUUAAGGGGCACAAGAUCAAGCAGUUUGAAAUCAAUUCCAACAGUUUGGAUCUCAAGAGCAAAAACAAGGCCGAAUAAUCGAUGCGCCCGACGACCCGACCCCCACCAGCAUCGAUUUUCAACCGAUCGAUUGUAAAAAAAUGGAAGCCGUUGGUAGAAUGUUGUGUAAAAUGCUUAGGUCUAUCUUACUUGUCUAUAGAGCUACUUUAUAUUGCACGGAUGUUGGACUGGAACGAAUUGAUACGAUAAGUAAUGUUAAGCCGAUCGUGACAAAGAUUUGUGGAUUUUUUUACCAUUAGUGGAAGCGUGAAUAUUUAUGUUAAACACU